AUGGCGCUGUUCGUGAGGGAGCCGCUGGCGGCGCGGGCGCGGCCGCUGCCGCUGCCCCCCGGCGGCGGCUCCGUGCGCGGCCUCCUCCGCGACCGCGCGCGGGCCCUGAACAUUCCCGAAGACAGUUUGUAUGUGAAGUGCAAUGGACGGCUGGUUGAUGCAGAGGAUGCGCUGCAGAGCGGAGCUGUGUACAGCCUGGAGCCAAGGCUUUGCGGUGGAAAAGGAGGUUUUGGAUCUAUGCUGCGGGCACUUGGUGCUCAAAUUGAAAAGACAACAAAUAGAGAGGCUUGCCGAGAUCUCAGUGGAAGGAGACUUCGAGAUGUCAACCAUGAAAAAGCGAUGGCCGAAUGGGUGAAGCAACAAGCAGAAAGGGAAGCAGAAAAAGAACAGAGACGCUUGGAAAGGCUGCAGCGGAAACUCGCAGAGCCAAAGCACUUUUUCACAAAUCCAAGCUAUCAGCAGCAGUGUCAUGAGAUGGCUGAGCGACUAGAAGAUUCUGUCCUUAAAGGAUUGCAGGCCACCUCCAGCAAAGUAGUUUCACCGGGAACCAGCAACAGUCGAAAGCGGUCAAAUGAAUCUGUAAAAAAAGGAACAAAAUAUGGAAAAAAAAGAUGUUUUUGGAUGGGAACAGAAGAAUUGGAUGAUAUAGACAGUUCAGAAUGUAGCGACGACAGUGAAGACGAUUCCGCUCAUGCAUCCGGAGGAAGUUGUCCAUCAGGCAGCAAGGAUAAUGAAAAUUCUGAAAAUCCAAAUGAGUGUUCAAGUAGCUCUGUGGAUGUGGUGAAGUAUCAGUCGGCCACCAAUCCUGAAAAACCACCAGAGCAUACAGAAUACCCGGGAAGAGAUCUGCAAGGGGAAGCACACACUGAAACUCCAAGAGGUGAGAACAGUGAAAUGGAAAAGACCCUGAAAGAAAAUGCCCAGGAAAAGAACAAAAUAACCAAAGUGCUGAAAGAAGAGGAGCAAGAUGAUGUUUCUUCUAAGGCACAGGAAACAAACCAGUUACAGAACACGGAGGUGGAAGGGUUAGACCUCAUGGCUUUCAGCACUGCCUCUGAGAUGGAAGUGCUGGGAUUUGAGAAACUGAAGUUGGAGCUGAUGGCUCGAGGACUGAAAUGUGGGGGCACUUUACAGGAAAGAGCAACGAGACUUUUCUCAGUAAGAGGUCUGUCUCGAGACCAGAUUGAUCCUGCCUUAUUUGCAAAGCCCUCUAAAGGAAAAAAAAAGUGAAUUUACAGUUACUUUGUGUCUGAGUGCUUUUAGAUUUUCCUUAUUUUCUUGUCAUUCUGUAUUGCCACCUAGAAUUCCUUGGCAUCUCUAAGAAGUUUCUGGUUUCUAUUUUUAAUGAAGUUUGAUUAAUGUAAAACAGAGUAAGUUGCUAGAUAAGUAUGUGUUCAGUAUUAAAGGAGUGAAAUUAUUUUCUUUUGAUAUGCUUUGCAAAAGGUUGUAUAGAACAGGCUUAAUAUGAGGCAAAUGAGCUCUCUGUGGGUGGAAAGAAACAACCUGAUUGUUUUCUAGAAAAUUAAUGUGACAUUGUCAUCACCUAUUUUAAGAAAAAUAGCAAUCCUUUCUUAGCUUUAUACAGCAUUUCCUUUGAUGUUUAUUGCAAUUAAGGCAGUUGGAACUGUCCAGUGGCAAACAAGAAACUUGAUAAAGAGAGCAUUUUUAUAUGGAAAAGGUUAAUAUAAAUAAAUGCACUGUUUUCUGAUUGCUGUGAUGUGUCAGAUAUCAGUAUGGA